AUGGAGACGUAUUACGGGCACGUUCGCACGCCUGCGGACGCUAUUAUUCUUUUCGAGGCUUGCCGCAUCGGCCUUUUACCUCGCGUGCAACGACGAUUAUCAGAGAAAGAGCGACAGUCCAUCCGUUCCGGUUCGGUCUUCGUAUGGGAUGAGCGAGAAGCGGGGAUGCGGCGAUGGACCGAUGGGAAGUCAUGGAGCGCCAGUCGUGUAUCUGGUAGCUUCUUGACUUAUCGUGAAAUGGAAGGCAAACGCGGAGGUGGCAGUGUCUCUCAAGGCUCUGCCUCCCGCGGAGGCAAGACGCCGGAGAGUCGAGGCAGUGACGAUGAGCGCGCCGAUGGAACAGAUGAGGGACCGGAUGGGUACCGUUACAAACCAGAUGGUUUGAUGAAGCAGUCUUUCAGUAUCACGACAUCCAACGGUCAACACUUGCAUCUGAUCAGCUAUUAUUCACGCUCCCAUCCUUCUGCCGCCAACUUACAACAACCGACUUCCGAUCCUGCCCUGCGUCAUGUCCGACCCCAGAAAGGUCUCUAUCCCGAGUCGACAGUUAAUGAUCAACAAAAUCUCCCUGUCGUUACCCGUGGACCUAUGCCAGGCGCUGCUUACCCAAUAACUCCGCAUCCCCUCGGCGCAUACCCACGCGUCACUCAUACACAGCCAUACCCCCCUGCCUAUGCUUGGCCGCCCACCCCUCUGGCCACCCCACCGACUGUCUCGGUUCAAUAUGGGCCUGGUCCUUCUUAUCUCCCCCCGGUUGGUGCCAACGGACACCCUCAUUAUGGCCCACCACACCAUCAGCCUCCGCAUCAACAUGGUGGACUCCCACCCCCUCCACACGGGAUGACCAGCCCCUAUGAUCGACCACAUAUGGAAUCAACAUUACCUCCAGCUGGACCGCCACCACAACAACCAAGCUACAUGAACCGGUCGCCGCGAUCAAUACAUGAGCAUGCUCACGCCCACGCUCAAGCUCAGGCCCAUGCUCAUGCUCAAGCUCACGCCAACGCACACGCUCACGCCCAUGCCCACGAGCAACGCAACGCACCGGUCUACGGACAUCUAGUUGAUCCUCGUAUGGCAUCACCACGCGUGCCAGUCCAGUCCCUGACGCAGUCAAAUGGACACGUCCACAGCCCUCACCUAGUGAAGCAGGAGCAUCCUGCCGCGUUGUCCUCUCUCAACCCCAUUGCCACAUCACCGAAAUCUUCCGAUCCUGCGAGUACUGGAAAUGCAGUUCCUGGCAUCAGCUCAUUGAUGAAUGGUGCAGCGUUGGCUCCUUUCCCCCCAUCGACUGCCUCUCCCGGUGGCCCCGCCACGAGCUUGAAUGGAAACCCCGCACAGAGCUCUUUCGCCGACGGGCCACGGGAUAUCCCUAAUGAGAAGAUCGGAUUCGGAGGCGAGGAUACGAGAGCGCUGCGUCAGCUGGACCGCGCCUUCAUCGCAUGA